CUGGAAGGAAGGAGGAAGAGGCAGCCAGAGUGGCCCCCCAGGCCCCUGCAGCACCAGCCCAGCCCUUGCCAGAUCGGAGAAACAAUCGAGGGACUUUGCGGUCUGCAGGAGGAGGAGAGAAGCAGUGCUCAUUGGGGAGCUGGACCUUGCUCUGGCGCGCUCCUGCUUCUGGGGUGUUGCUCGCGGAGCGUUUGUGGUGAAGUGGACAAGUCGCUCCUGAGCAUUCUCUGAGUGGCCUUUUUAGAGACGGGUCUAGGAAAGGCUGCUUGGAAGACUUACAGGGCCAUUGGAGACAGCAGCUGGCUGGCUCUGUUUUCUGUCUUCUUCAGAUUUUGCCGCCGGCUCCAGUUCUCGGAAGAAAAUGGCAGACAGCCAGGUCCCCUUUACGUGCCAUUUCCCUGGCCGCUACCGCAGCCUCCGCGACCCUUUCCGAGAGUCCACCUUGUCUUCUCGCCUUUUGGACGAUGACUUUGGGAUGUCCCCCUUUUCCGGAGACCUCACUGCAGACUGGCCGGAUUGGGCCCGCUCUCGGCUGACCACGGGGUGGCCAGGCCCGCUGAGGUCGGGGGCGGCCCGCUCCGCUGGCCUUUCCCCACCAGGAUACGACUCCAGGUUUGGGGGGUACAUGGAAGGGGGGCCCUUUGCGGGGGGCCCUUCGUCUUUCUCCGGAGAGCCCUGGAAAGUGUGUGUCAACGUCCAGAGCUUCAAGCCCGAGGAACUGAUGGUGAAGACCAAGGAUGGCUAUGUAGAAGUGUCGGGUAAGCAUGAAGAGCAGCAGGAGGAAGGAGGAAUCGUCUCCAAGAACUUUACCAAGAAAAUCCAACUUCCAGGGGAGGUGGACCCCAGCACAGUAUUCGCGUCCUUAUCACCCGAGGGCCUGCUGAUCAUCGAAGCGCCUCAGAUACCCCCCUACUACCAAUACGGAGACAGUAGCUAUGGCAAUGAACUGCCAAUGGGCAACCAAGAAGCCACUUGUGCCUGAAGCUCUCCUUGCCGCCCCUUCCCUCCCCCACCCACUCCACCCCCUCUCUGCUCUCCAGCGGUGAUCGCAUCCAGCAAAGGCCCACCCACCAGAUGCUGCACAUGGUCUCCGUAGAGCCCCUCCAUGUCUUCUCCUGCUGCUUCCCAAUCUUCUAGUCCGCUCCGUGUGGCCAUAAGAGGGGUGGCCAGCCGCCAUCAUGAUCUCAUGUCUGCUCACGUAUGUAUUCAUAGCCCCAGGACCCUCCAGCUGUGACCUUGAGCCAGAUCAGGGAUGACGUCCAGGAAGGCUUGCAGACCCCCGAGACAGAUACGAAGGAGAAACUCCUGGAAGACGAGGAGGAGGAGGAGGAAGACACAUGGCUAGUUCCUGAGCCUGGGGCCAGUGAGCCACACCUGUAAGACGAGAGGCCUGGAAACCCUUCUGCAGCCACCCGCAAACACUCUAAGCCAGGCAUGACCCCGCUAUGGUUGGCCAACAACUCCCAUCAUCUCCUGCUAGAUUUUUUUUUUUUUUUGAUGAUGAUGAUGAUGGGAGCUGUAGUCCAAUAAUAGCUGGAGAGCCUCAGACUGAAAGCAUGAAUUGUCACCUUUGCUAAGCAGGGUCUGCCCUGGUUUGCAUUUGGAUGGGUGGCUACAUGUGAGUGCUGGCUGCUGUAAGACAAAGGAUCCCAAUUUUCUGCAUGCAAAAAGGUUCCCAGUUCCCUCCCUGGCAGCCUCUCCAAGAGAGGGCUGGGAGAGAUUCCUGCCUGCAACCUCGGAGAAGCUGCUGCCAGUCUGUGUAGACGAUCCUGAGCUAGAUGGACCAAGGGUCUGACUCCGUAUAUGGCAGCUUCCUACGUUCCUAUGAGUGGACUGGAAUAGACAUGCAUCAGUCAUGUCCAAUGGAGCCCCAGAACAAAGCCGUUCUUUCAGAUUUUUACAUCCAUGGUGGGAAUACCACUUUGAACUCCCUUUCAACGGCCUUGAAAUUCAUGGAACUCCGAAAGAUGCCGCAGGCAGGGGUGCGACCACAGGAGCUCCCUCGUCCUGUCAAGGAUUCUCUAUCGGGGCCUCUGAGGCUGCAUUUGAGAUCUAGCCUUCGUUGACAGAGCAUCCUGCAGCAAUCCUCACCGCUGGCCUUUGGCCUGGAGAGGCCAGUGCUGCCAUUCAGUGUCAUGGCGGGUGUUCCUGUGGUUACAUUGCUGGUGGCAGACUCUGAUAUCUCGUUGCUUUGCCCCCCACCCCGCCCCACCCCGCCCAGUGCCUUGUUGGGAGGAGAGCUGGCUUUGCAGUAGCAAGCAUGAAUUGUCACCUUGGCUCAGCAGGGUCUGCAUUGGUUUGCAUUUGAAUGGGUGACGACAUGUGAGUGCCACCAAGAUAUUCCCCUUAGAGGAUGGGGCCGCAACUCAGUGGAAGAGCAGCUGCUUGCAUGCAGAAGUUCCCAGGUUCAGUCCCUGGCAGCCUCUCCAGAUGGGGCUGGGAGAGACUGCUGCCUGAAACCGUGGAGAAGCCGCUGCCAGUCUGGGUAGACAAUCCUGAGCUAGGUGCUCCAAGGGUCUGACUCAGUCUAAGGCAGCUUAUACUGAGUUCCUCCCUAAACCCUUGGGCUCGUCUCGCCUCUUCCUUUUGCCUGUUGCUUCUCCUGCCUGGUUUGGCACUUCAGCUCCUGGCCCUGGCAUUCGGGGGCUCCUCCUCGCCUGAUGUGCCCAGCAGGAGGAACCUGGUCCUGUCCUUAGGAAACAACCCUGGCCUAGAAGGGGAAAUCCGUUCGGGGAAAUGGCGGUAGCAGGCAAAUAGAAUGCCUCCAAGUCCACACAGUACCAGGAAUCCGAUUCUCCAGAGGCCUGCUGCUUCCUUCCAGCCGCGUGGAAUGGAUCACGGCCCAUGGAUGGCUCCCCAGAAGGCCGGCCAGCCGAUGACUGCUUUUGCACUAGAAUGGUUUUGCUGCCCUGCAGUAGCUCAUCCAAGUUUACAAAUGCUUCUGGAGCUUCGGUGUUGAGCCACUGGAAAAGAACGAGAGCCUCUUUAUCCGGGAGAGCAGCAGAAUUCUUGGUCCUUGACAAUCAGCUCUCUCCCCGUCACGGUGUUCUUCCCAGCCACAAGAGGCGUGCUGUCGUCAGCAGCGGUGGAUGAGCCUGCUUAGUCUUAUAGAAACUUGAAUUGCAACACCCACCACCGUUAUAUAAACACACUCCCACACAAAUCAACACCCUAAACAGCCCACGGCUUCAUCAAGGUCUUACAGGCUCCCGUGUUGUUUAUCUGUAUAUUGCGCGUAUCAAUCCUACUGGUCUUUGUGAAAGUCGUAUGGUAGGAAAUAGUUCCCAUAGUCCCAGCCUCUGUUUUGCUGUUCCAGUUUCAAAACCAAAACUCUCCUGCUUCUUAUAAAGUGUGAGCUUCCCAUGAAAAGAAAAGUACGUGGUAGUAGAUCGACAAACCACCGACAAACCAGGCAUAGUAAAACAUGCAACACCUGCAGCUGUUUCGACCUGUCUCCCUUCCUUCUUGUUUUCCAAACAAGAUUUUUGCUUUUAUUUUGAGAAUAAACCGAAGCUGACGUUUUUA